CCUUGAUAAUUUAUAAUAUUCUAUGGACGAUAUUCUGCCAUAUGAAAUAAUUAUGAAUUGAAUAAAAGGGAAAUUAUUCAAUUGAAAUUCAAAAAUUACAUGAGCAAUGCAUUGACUAUAAGUUAUAGGCAUGUGACUGAGGAAUCGAGAGUUUUGUGUCCGAUUCAACAUUUAAUUCCAUUUUUAAAUAUUGUUUUAGUUUCAUUUCAUUAUGAGGCCUAUCGUCGAUAUCAAAUCAAGAUGUUUUGAUAUCUCUACAGAAACUAUAGGAGCUGGAGGAUUUUCCCUGGUUAAAAUUGCUUAUAACAGAGGACAUAAAACUCCAAUUGCUUUGAAAAUCUGUCAUUGUAAUUCUGAAACUGAAUGGUUGCAAAGUCUCAAUGAAAUAUGUUUAUUGAAAAAGUUAGUACAUACAAACAUUGCAAGAAUUAAUAAUUAUGAGAUAACGAGAUUUCAUGUGCUAAUUGGUAUUGAUAAAGGAGAGUCCACAUUGAGACAAUUUAUAUCAAAUGAAGAUGUUCAUAGACUAAGAUCCUAUGCUAUCUCUAUCACGAGUCAAAUUGUCAAUGCUUUAAAUUUUAUUCAUUGUCACAAAAUUAUUCAUGGGGAUAUCAAACCAAAUAAUAUUAUUUACACUGCUUCUUCUGACAACAUAAGAAUUCAAUUGAUAGACUUUGGGUUGUCUCAUGUUGUUGGUAGAUUAGAUUCCUCCACACCGGUAAAUGCAGGAGGAACCAAAGUAUAUCUAGCACCCGAACGAUUAUCUCAUUCCAUUUACAAUGAACAAUCAGAUAUUUUCUCUGCUGGUAUUGUAUUUUUUGAAUUAUUAUUCAAGCUACAUCCUUUUUAUAUUGAGGGUGAAAAUUAUGUGGAGUUUAUGAAAAACAAACCAGAUCCUAAGUUUCCUCAAGGAUAUCAAUCUCAGGUGUCUAAAGAAUGGUUGGAAAUACUUUGUAGUAUGCUUUCCUAUAAUCCCAAAAAUCGAGAAGAAGUGAGAAAUAACAAAUUGUUGAAAACGAAAUAUGAGGGGAUAUCAGUUGAUCAUCAGCUAGAAGCCCUUAACAACAUAGGAAAGGGAGAAGAAGCUGAGAAAACUGAAAAAUACACAGAUGCUGCUAUUCAUUUUAUGGAUGCUAGUAUAAAUUUAGCAAUAUCUAAGCAUGAGGCAGAUAUUCAAACUAAAGAUUUUAUUGCCUCUUUGGAUACUCAAAUAAUAUCAUAUAGAAAAAAGGCUUUUCAAUCAAUACAUCUUUUUAAGCACUCCUUUUCUCAGUAUAAAUCUACUGGUGGCAAAAGUGUAUAUGAUGAAUAUUAUGAGUACUUAAUGGAAGUAACUGCCUCUACUCCUAGCUUAAAACAUUAUCUAGAAAUUGGAUACAAUGCAGAGCUGUACCUUUGUGAGAACAAAUGUGAAUGUGCUUUUCAAAAUUUUAUGCAUGCCUUGAAAUAUCUGAACCAAGUGAUGCCUUCAGAACCAACUGGUGACCGUAAAACUAUUAUAGGAAAAAAAAUGUUGCAGUGGACUAACAUGGCUGAAACAUUGAGAUCUAGCUAAUGAAUUAUAAUUUUAAAUGAAUACUCCAUUAAUUGAGAUUGGUUGUGAUAGUUAUACAUUCUCUGGAAAAAUUCUAGUCCAUUAAUUUCCAUUUUAUAAUGGAUUUAUCAUUAUAAAUUAAAUCGAAGAAAUUAUUCACCUAUUUUUGACAUAUAAUAUAACAGUUAUCAUAAAAUUGUUAAAACACGAUAAAAACAACUUGUUUCACUAUU